AAUUAUGGAGGACAAAAAAAAGCGAAUGAGAAUGACAAACAGUAAGGGAGAGUAUGUCACUAAAAUUGAAUUUUUUCAAGAAUUAAAAGAAAUACGAAAGCUUGUAAAAGAUGAGUAUUCUCAAAUAAAAAAAGACAUUAAAGAAGUAAAAAAAGCCGUUAGCACGCCAAAUCAAAAAGCAGAUGCUAAAAUAACUGAACUAGAAGUCCAAAAAGAUAAAUUAAUUGCUCAAUUAAAUGAUGGUCGAGAGUUAAGCAUUCCGAUUUCUUGA